UCCGUUCUAAUUAUCACACACAAAAAUACUUCAAUUUCAACUAUUACACACUCUUCUCUUCUUCCAUAAUUCAAUUCCCUUUCAAAUCUAUUCCCAUGGCCACCGAAGAACCAAUUAUCGCCGUUGAACCUGUGCCUGAGCCAGCGAUCGCCGAACCUCCAUCCUCUGAGAAAGUGGAGGAGCCAAAGGCCGAAGCUGGGAAGACGAAGAAAACGAAGGAAUCCAAACCUAAAAAAGCUUCCAAGCCACGAAACCCUGCUUCACAUCCUACCUACGAAGAGAUGAUUAAGGACGCAAUUGUUUCGUUGAAGGAGAAGAAUGGUUCAAGCCAAUACGCGAUUGCGAAAUUCAUUGAAGAGAAACACAAACAGCUUCCUGCUAACUUUAAGAAGCUAUUGCUCCAAAAUUUGAAGAAGAACGUUGCUUCUGGAAAGCUUGCUAAGGUGAAAGGUUCAUUCAAGCUUUCUGCAGCGGCUAAGAAGCCAGCAGUUGCCAAGCCGAAGGCAAAGCCAGCUGCCAAGAAGGCUGUGAAAGCUAAGCCAGCCGCUAAGCCUAAAGCUAAAGCUGUUGUCAAGCCUAAGACUGCUUCAAAGGCCAAAUCUGUUACCACCAAACCCAAAGCGGCUGCCGCCAAGCCCAAAGCUGCUGCCAAGCCCAAGGCUGCUGUGAAACCUAAAGCUGCUAUCAAGCCCGAGGCUGCUGUCAAGCCUAAAACUGUUGCUAGGCCCAAGGCAAAGUCUGCAAAGGUUGCGAAGACAUCGACGAGGACUACACCAGGGAAGAAAGUUGCUGUUGUGAAGACCGCACCUAAGAAAGCAGCGGCUGCAAAGAAAGCUCCGGUGAAGAGUGUGAAAGCAAAGAGUGUAAAGUCCCCUGCAAAGAAGGCUUCCGGGGUGAAGAGAGGUGGAAGGAAAUGAGAGUUUUGUGUUCUAGCUUUAGCAUUGUAAAGUUCUUGUGUUGUUUUUUGUUUAAUACUAUUAGUUUAUAUAAUAUAGUUCAUUAUAA